AGAUGGCGAGAGAUAGCCGAGUGCCACGGGCAUGAUAGACUUUUGACAUGCCCCAGCUGUCAGAGUAAUUAUGUUGAACAUCUUUCGCAAUUGUCAACAAACUUACGCCUCCGUGUCUAUUCCAUCAAGUACAAAGCUACGAUAAAUUUCACAUAAACACUUGUGCAAACAGUAGUAUCCCCUUCUUAAGGGUCAACGUAGACAUCAUUCCCGGAAGUAGUGGUAGAAGACGGUGCCGAUCAUGGAAGCCGCGGAAAACAUGAAACAGGGGCCGGAAGGCGAGGCGGCUGAAAAGAUUGUCAAGUGGGGUCUCCCUCUUGAGGAACUCUAUGCCCUCGCCUUGCUAUUCUACAGAGAAAAGUCGGGCAAAGCCAUUCACAUUUCUUACGAAGACAAUCUAAAACUUGUAGCGUUUGCGCAGCAAGCGUCUAAUGGCCCCUUCGUUGCGGCGAAGGCUCCUCCACUAGGAGUGUUGGAUGUAAUCGGAAAGGACAGGAGAACGGCGUGGCAAAGUUUGGGGAGUUUGAGCAAAUCGCAGUCAAUGGAGGGCUUUGUCAUUCUCCUAAGUAAAUUGUGUCCCACAUUGGAGCCUUAUCUCGAAGCUGUUAGACGCGAUAAGGAAGCACGUAUCUGCUUAGAAAACGAGAAUCGGCAGCGAGAGCUGCUAGAGAAACAACGGGAGAAGGCAGAAGCGCUGAAAACGGAGGAAAUCAAAAAUAACUCAGAAUUGCAGCGCAGGCAGUUACAAGACAUUCUAAAUCAGCAAACAUUCUACCAGUUCAAGGCGUACGCGGAGAAGCAAUUUCCACGAAAUCCCGAGCAGCAAGCGAUACUGAUUCGCCAACUUCAAAGCGAGCACUACCACCAGUACAUGCAACAGAUCCGAGCCCGGUCGGAGUCCGAAGAAAAUGUUCCUGCAGACGAAACGAAGGAGGAAGUGAAUACCACGGCGUUGGAAACACGCGGCGAAGAUAGCUCUAUGGAGAAUGAAUGCUGCGAAGAGGAUAGUCGUUCUUCGACGGCCGGAAUGGAUGGAGGUCAAAACUAUGGUGUAGUGUCCCCAGCCAAGAUGUGGACUAGACCGAACAUCAAAGCAUUCAAGGCUGAAGUAUCCUCAGGAAGUGGCGACGGGGUAAUUAACAUAGAGCACGGAGAAACUGUUACGGUGCGCGUUCCUACUCACGAGGCUGGAAAUUGUAUAUUUUGGGAAUUUUCAACCGACGACUACGAUAUUGGGUUCGGAGUUUAUUUUGAAUGGGGCAAGCCGGCAACGAAUGAUGUGACGGUUCACGUGAGCGAUAGCGAUGAAGACGAAGAAAUUUAUGACGAAAUGGAUGAUGGUGACGAUUAUUUUGAAUCUCGAGAUUUGGAGAGCAGCGCCGCAGCUAUGUCGUACAAUUCGCGGAAUCCAAUUUCAAUAAUAGUCCCUAUUUAUCGGCGCGAAUGCCAUAAGGAAGUCUAUGUUGGAUCGCACAUUUAUCCGGGGCAAGGUGUGUACUUGUUAAAAUUUGAUAAUUCGUUUAGCAUAUGGAGAUCGAAAACGUUGUACUAUAAAGUGUACUAUGAACGUUCGUUAUAAACUAAUUGCUUACAUUUUUUGGCCUAUAUUUAAUAUUACAAUAAAUAUUUCAUAUUUGAAAGUAAA